CGACUCACCGCCCAUAGAGCCUUAUAAAAAGUUCCUACCGGAUUCCACGCGUUUCGAUGUAGAUCAGAUCGUGGCAAUUGUCAACGGCGGGGACUUGUUUAUCGAGGCUACGGAUCCGGACGGUUCUAAAGUCGAUUUCAGGUAGUGGCAUCAGCUCUCUGGAUGACUUUUCGGGUUUUCAACUCCAUGAUCGGCCCGAAAUCUCGCUUCCAAGAGGCGAUCAAGCUCCGGCGAUCAUAUAUCUCGGGACUCGGAGAUCCUCCAGUCGUAGUGGCUCUUGACGACGAUCCAGAUGCUCUGGAGUACAUAUUCAAUGUACUCCACCACCGACAAGAGCGUCUUCCGGAGGUCGACCAGCCGCUGAUGGUGGCGGUGGCUGCGAUUUGCGAUAAAUACGAACUUCACAGUGCGCUGCAGCCCGUCGCCGACAGAGUUUUCCUACCUCUAGGAGAAAUCGCCUCGGAAGGCUACGGCGACUGGCUAUUCAUCGCGUAUGUUUUUGGAUACGAAGAUCUGUUCUCGAAGGUGUCACAGGAGGUGAUUCUCUCCAACCAAGAAACAAUCUCGACCAUCAGUGUUUACACACCGCAGAAGGUGACAGAAAUGUUAAUCGCAAAGCGGACGCUCAUCGUGAGCCAACUGGUAGAAAGAUUGAUUUCGAUCGGAUAUGAGCGCAUGAUUAAGCCCGGAGAGCCUCGACCGACCGUGAAAUGCAAAGCCACCUAUAGUGGCGACACAAUGUGCGAAUUCCUUCAGUUCGGACACUUCGUUGGGACGCUUGCCAGCGGACGGCUGUUGGAAAACAUUCCGAAUAAGAUUUUAUGCGGACUCUCAUAGAAACGGACGAAGACUUGAAACUCUCCGAUUUUCCCUCGAGCAAACGGGACCACAAAUAGGACUUCCGAGAAGCGAAGUUUUUGUGUUUUGGAUGCAGGGCAAUGCUGUUCGUCGUUUUUCUCAUGUCCUUUAUUGUCAGAGCGAGCAUUACCCCCACCCUUUCCCCCUUCCCCCUUCCCCCUUCCCCCUCCCCCUCCUCCUAAAUGCAAGGCUUCGUACCAUCGUUUCUGUCCGGUUAUGAGUGAAUUUUUGUAUCUCUGCUCGAUUCUCAUAGUGAUCGCCUGUCAGAAGAGUGUAGAAGGAUUUCGUGUUUAGUCUCGUCCUCGCGAUGUGAAUUAUUCAGCUCAGAGUCGUGUGUCUCCUUAGUCAAGAGUCGUGGUGAUACCCUAACAUGACGGCGGGAAAUCCGUCGAGGGACCCAAAAACCGG